UCUACUCACACACCCAAACUGCCCCUCCUCCAUCAGCUGAUAACGGUAAAUAAUGUCAACGCUGAGCUUGGCAGGAAGUGCAUCUUGCUUCUAGCUGGAACAUGAGGAUAAGAAACAGUUUUAUACAGAGCCACGGGGACAUCAAACUCAUAUUUUGACGAAAAAACAUUGGGAGAUGGACAGUCACAGAAGAAGCCGACCAUGGGGAAAGCUAGUCAAAGUGGACUCCAGUGAAAGUGAAGUGCUGCUUUUCAACAGGGAGUGCACAGUUGGCCGAAAAAAAGGAUGUGAUCUGGCCUUUCCAGCCAACAAACUAGUCUCAGGGGAGCACUGCAAGAUUGUCCAAGAUGAAAGCUCAGGGGUUGUUAGGCUUGAAGACAUGAGCACUAAUGGCACAGUGAUCAACAUGUCCAAAGUGGUUAAAAAGCAAACUCACAUACUGCAGAACGGCGAUGUCAUCUACUUUGUAUACAGGAAAAGUGAGCCAGAACAAAACAUCGCCUAUGUUUACCACUCUAUCAAAGCGGAGCAAGCUAUUUUACAAACUAGUUAUGACAUGGAGAGGUCAGCCAUCAGUCCCGCUCCUGUUCCAUCUUCAGAGAUGUCACUCUCUGUGGAGCCUGUCAUGCUCACAAAGGCUCCUUGGGAUAUAACUCAAGAGGAACCUCAGCCCUCCACAUCAACUUCCCACCUCUGUAUUCGGAGCCCUACCACACCUGAUCCUCUAGCAGCUAGAGCCUGUCCUGCCUCUGGUCAAGCUAAAGAUGCUGCCCCAACACAGGAAAAAGAGAUGGAAAACCUGGAGCCAGAAAGCAAAAGGAGGAAAACUGAUAAAGAAUAUGAUUUGAGCUUGCCACACACAUCCAGUACAGAGGUGGCGGGGCCAACUAAGGGAAGUCUUGGGAGUCUUUUGACUAAGCCACCAGUAGAAGGGACUAAAACUGAUAAGAUGGAGGAAUCUCUGACUUGUAUUAUCUGCCAGGACCUACUGCAUGACUGUGUCAGCUUGCAGCCCUGUAUGCACACCUUCUGUGCUGCCUGCUACUCAGGCUGGAUGGAGCGCUCUUCUCUUUGUCCUACCUGCCGCUGCCCUGUGGAGAGGAUCCGUAAGAACCACAUCCUCAACAACCUGGUAGAGGCCUACCUCAUUCAGCACCCAGAAAAGUGUCGCAGUGAAGAGGACCUGAAGAGCAUGGACAGCCGUAACAAGAUCACUCAGGACAUGUUGCAGCCAAAAGUUGAGCGCUCCUUCUCUGAUGAGGAGGGCAGUUCAGAUUACCUCUUUGAGCUCUCUGACAAUGACAGCGACUCCUCAGACAUCAGUCAGCCUCUGGUGAUGUGCAGACAGUGUCCAGGCUACAGGAAGGAGGUCAGUCAGGUGCUGUUUGCUACAGGGUCAAACUAUUGGGUCCCUGGUCUGCCAGUCCCACCGCCUAUACCUCCUCCACCCAAACCAGCAACUGAGGAAGGGUCCUCAAAGCCCACAGGGGAGCAGCCCUCAACGUCCUCGGAUAUCCCUUCAGCUCCUCAGGACUACUGCUGCCCCCCUCAGGGCUGUCAUCUCAUCUGUACCUGCUGCCUCCAGCCGAUGCCAGACAGAAGGGCAGAGUUAAAUAGCCCGCAGGUUAUUGCUCAGCAAUGUGUGCUGUGCCAGCGACCCUUCUGUCAUAUGUACUGGGGCUGCCAGAGGAUUGGCUGUCAAGGCUGCCUGGCUCGAUUCAGUGAACUAAAUCUGACAGACAAGUGUAUGGAUGGUGUGCUGAACAACAAUAACUAUGAGUCAGAGAUCCUCCAGAACUACCUGUCCUCCAGAGGGAAGUCAUGGAGAGAUCUGCUCCAGGAGACUGUGCAAGGCUUACAGCAGGGAAACUACUAUCUGACAGAUUGUCGUAUCUCUGCAAACGCCAUCCUGUGCUUCUGCUGCGGCUUGCGAACAUUCAAGGAGCUGGCCUACAAGUACAGACAGAACAUCCCCCCAUCUGAGCUGCCAGCUGCUGUAACUUCUCGUCCUGACUGUUACUGGGGACGCAACUGUCGUACGCAGGUUAAGGCACACCAUGCAGUGAAAUUCAACCACAUAUGUGAGCAGACACGUUUCAAGAGCUGAGGGAGCAGGCGUCUCAUUUCUCCACCUAACUAUCAAAUGUGUCAAAUGAGCAUCAUGUGUAUUGGAGAGACACAAUCUUGCUAGGUUUUGUUUUGUCCAUUGUAGGUAACUGUCUCACAGGUGCUCUGCCUGUUAUGCAAUAAUCAAAUGCAAAAAAUACAAUCAGUAUCCACUGACAGUAGUGUCUUACCUGACACAGGGCUGCGUGAAAUAAUGCUAUGCACAUUAACAUUAAAAUUUAAGUUAAAUAAAGGUUCAGGUUGCUCUU